AAUACGCCCAGCGUUGCCAACUUAGAAUUAUUAACUUUAAAACGAAAAUAGUGUCAUGCUUACCACCGGGCCUUGUGAGAACGUCCCUGCGCCCAUUUUUCUGUACAACUACAAUGGUUGACAUUGUAAUAAUUGUUAAUAAAUCAAUAAAUUACAUUAAAAAACAUAAAAUAAUUUCAUAUAACCGUUAUUAUAGCUACCGUAACAUAAGUGUAAAACGUCAAUUUCUAUUUUUUUCAUCUAGCUCAUAAAAAAAGUAAAAUUUGUCCCUCUUUCCCAUUUUGCGUUCUUGCCCAACCGGCGCCCAUUUUGCGCCCUUGUCUAACCUGCGCCCUUGGCAGGGGCCACCUUUGCCACAGCCUAGGUACGGCCCUGACUAAAUGUGAAAAGGCAUUUACUUCCAAAAGUGAUCUGAAGAAACAUACAUUUGUCCAUACAGCAGAGAGGCCGUAUAAGUGUAAAACAUGUGGAAAAUCCUACAAAUCAUUCGGCAGUUUGAAGCCACAUACAUUAGUCCAUACAGGAGAGAGACCUUACAUGUGUGCUACAUGUGGAAAAACCUUUACAACAAUAGGCAGUAUGAAGACACAUACAUUGGUCCAUACAGGGGAGAGACCUUACAUGUGUGCUACAUGUGGAAAAACCUUUACAACAAUAGGCAGUAUGAAGAAACAUACCUUGGUUCAUACAGGAGAGAGACCUUAUAAGUGCACUAAAUGUGAAAAGGCAUUUACUUCCAAAAGUGAUCUGAAGAAACAUACAUUUGUCCAUACAGCAGAGAGACCUUACAUGUGUGCUACAUGUGGAAAAACCUUUACAACAAUAGGCAGUAUGAAGACACAUACAUUGGUUCAUUCAGGGGAGAGACCUUACUUGUGUGCUACAUGUGGAAAAACCUUUACAACAAUAAGCAAUAUGAAGACACAUACAUUGGUUCAUACAGGGGAGCGCCCUUAUAAGUGCACUAAAUGUGAAACAUCAUUUACUGUCAAAAGUGAUCUGAAGAAACAUAUUGCAAGUGUUCAUAUAGGAGAGAGGUCCUAUAAGUGUGCUGCAUGUGGAAAAUCCUUUACAACUAAAAGCAGUAUGAAGAAACAUACAUUGAUUCAUACAGGUCGAGACGGUAAAAAGAAAUAAAACAUCAGAUUAUAUUGAUUUAAGAGUUAAUAUAAAUCAAUAGAAGAAUAAAGAAAGACACGAGAAAAAGUAAACCCUCAAGUAUAUUGUGAAAUUCUAAUAUGCAUAGCAAAAUUUGAAAACAAGAAGAUUCAAUGUUGAAUGAGUGAUACGUACGUAGCCUAUCAUGUAACUGCUGUACACACAAGUCCUAAAAACAAAUUUACUACUUACAUUGAUACAAUUCUCUAUGAUUUGUUGAGAUUUCUAACAAGAUCUCCUUAUAUCUUAUAUGAUAAGAUUCACUGUGAUAAAAUUGAAAAGUAGAAAAUGUUAACUAGCUUCAAACAUUUCGAUCACAAGUGUCCAAUAUGUGGACAAAGUUGUCCAAAUCGAUCUGCAAUGAAGGUCCAUAUAUUAUAUCACACUGGAGAGCGGCCCUUUAAAUGUUUGACAUGUGAGAAAGCAUUUUUCCGACUAAAGCAAGUAAAGAGUCAUUUGUUGAUACACUUAAGGAAGUCUCCUAUAAGUGGGGAAUCCAUUCAACUCCAAAGCCAUAUGAAGGAGCAUUCGCAAAUUCAUACGAGACCCUAUUAGUGCACUGAAUGUGGAAAAUCCUU